AUGCAUCCACCACCAUCUGUAACAUAUGAAAAUGCUGAUGACCUAUUUCAAAGUAUUCAAAUAUUUGCCAAUUCUCAAGUUUAUACUAGCUCAGAAGAACUUCAAAGGCAAACAAGUAUCUGGCUAAUUGACUAUCCUUUUGAGUUAUAUGCUGGUUGGUGUGCUGGCCUAUGGUAUAUAGAAGUUUGUAAUAGAAUCCAUAACCAUGAUCUCUCAGAAAAUUUAUCAGGAUAUCCAAUGUGCCAUCGACUCACAGAACAACAAUUAAUAAACAUUUUAGAAAUAACUACCUCUGAUUCACAUCUUCAAGAAAUUAUAUCAACCAUCCAUCAAAAUAGCCUAUUAUUAUUAGUAAUAAAUAAAGAUAUUUAUAAUGCAUGUGAUCGUCUUCGUAAACAGAGUUUGGAAGGUCAUACUCCAGUUGAAGCAUUAAUAGAUAAGCUUAGAGAGGGUGGUUAUAUGUAUGAAUACAAAUGA